AUGGACUUCCUCAGGUCUCUCGGGCACCCGGAGGAGAUUUAUAACCUUCUCAGGUACAAGCUGGGAGGCUACAGGGCGGUGAUGCCCAAAAUGGACCGGGACUCCAUGAGUAAGACCCUGCAGACCUGCUACAGGUACCUGGAUGAAACCGGCAGGAGCUUCUCGAUCGUGGUCCAGACUUUGGAUGGGGAAUUAAGGGAUGCAGCUUGCAUACAUUACUUGGUCCUGCGUGCUCUGGACACCGUGGAAGACGAUAUGACCAUUAACCUUGAGACAAAGAUCCCAAUUCUACGUAACUUCCAUACCUACCUGUAUGACCCGGAGUGGAAAUUUACUGACAGCAAAGAUAAGGACAGACAGGUCCUCGAAGACUUCCCAACGAUUUCGCUGGAGUUCAGAAAUCUAGCUGUUGUUUACCAAGAUGUUAUUGCAGACAUAUGCGCAAAGGGGGGAGAUGGGUUGGCGAGUUUCCAGGAGAAGAAGAUGGACUCUUUAAUGGAGUGGGACGAAUACUGCCAUUAUGCUAUCGGUGGAAAUGGCUUUUCCCGUCUGUUUUCGGCAUCACAGUUGGAAGAUGCAGAGAUUGGUCUGGACACACACUUUUCCAACUCCAUGGGUCUAUCUCUACAAAAAGCCAACAUCAUCCGUGACUACCUGAAAGAUCAAUUGGAAGGUCGGGAGUUCUGGCCAAGAGAGGUGUGGAGUAAGUACGGAAAUAACCUCUCAGAUUUUGCAAAGCCAGAGAACAUCGUCCCGGCUGUGCAGUGUUUGAACGAGUUGAUUACCAACGCCUUGAACCACGUGCCGGAUGUCCUCACCUACCUGUCACGGCUUAAAAAUCAAAGCGUCUUCAACUUCUGCGCCAUCCCCCAGGUAAUGGCUAUAGCCACUUUGGCUGCGUGUUACAACAACCAGCAAGUAUUUAAAGGCGUUGUGAAAAUCCGCAAGGGACAGACUGUCACUCUAAUGAUGGAGGCCACCAACAUGGAAGCUGUGAGAGCCAUCACGCUCCAGUAUAUUGAAGAGAUUUAUCAAAAAAUCCCUCUGACAGACCCCACGUCGGGCAAGACGCAGCACAUCAUUUCCUCCAUACGCAACCUGUGUUUGCCAAAAAGUUCAACGAGUAACAGGACAUAGACAUGAGGACCGAAAGAAAUCGUCAAAUAAGAUCAAUGUCAAACUUCACAUUUAGC